AUGAGAAGAACGUACGGUGUCAAAAAGGCAACCAGAAGUACUGCAGCAAGCGCAAUCUUUGGCACAAGUGAUGCAAGAAAGGAUCCCCUUAUUUCGGGCCGUCAAGUCCUCUCUGACAUCACCAAUGCCGCUGAAUCCACCACUUUAAAUGAGGAUGCCAAGAAGAGCACCGAAGCGGAAAAAUCAGUGUCGAAAGAAGUUGAAGAUGAUGUUAUUGAUGCAAUUGAGAAUCUGAAUUUGCACGAUGAUUCUGAGGAGAUAGAUGAACUAGAAUCUCCACCUAGAGAUGCUGUACCGGAUGUCAAAGCUAAGAAGAAGAAAUGUAAGUCAUAAACUAAAGAUUAAUUCCACUUCUGUGGUGCCCAUUACUUAUAAGCGUAGUAGUGCCAAAACAUGAUCCUCAGUCCAAGCCCCUGGGUUUCCCACACCGAGAACACUUUGAGCCACUACUAUCAGCCUACGCCACAGACCGCGCAUCAGAAAUGCUGGUGCUCGACUGGGCAGAAAUCCUUCCAAAGUGGACAAAAACACACAAAUACGAGAUCACGAAGAUAGCAGAAGCAUCAUAUGCUGAAGUGUAUCGGCUUAUCGAGGAAGAAGCAUCUUGUGUUGAUGGCCUACGUCGUUCAUCUAUACUCAAGGUCAUGCGACUGAAAUCUCCACGCGACCCAGAAUCCCUCGAAUGCGACACUGCUAGUCGGGUUGAAGACGUGGUUUCCGAAAUUAGGAUUAUGAAUGCUCUUACUGAGAUUCCGGGCUAUGUUAGCUUUAAAGAUGCGUUUUUGGUCAAGGGCGCUGCAGAGCCGUUUCUUGUUAAUGCGUGGGAUGAAUAUGUGCGAACUUGUGAGGAAGAAGAAUCUUAUUUCACCGACCCGAGGGAAUACACGGAAGACACGGUUUUUCUUGUGGUUGAGUUGGGAGACGCGGGGAUCACUUUGGAUGACUAUAGAAUCGAAUCUGUCGAGGAGGUUUGGGAUAUAUUCCUAGGAUCGGUUAUGGCUUUGGCAAUGGGGGAAAUAGACAGAGGAUUUGAAGUGAGUUUACAUUUGCAACACACUUUCAGCAUUUACUGACCGGAAACAGCAUCGAGAUCUCCACGAGAACAACAUUUGCGUUGUCAAGGUUCGAGAUGCCGCUAUACCAGAAAAAGACUCGUCUUUGAAGUGGAAGAACUCUGGUCUCGAAAUUACUCUCAUCGACUAUGGACUGUCCAGAGCAACACUGCCAAAUGGCGAGACUAUGUGCUAUCCCCUCGAAAACGACCUCGGUAUCUUCCGAGGUAGCGAUGGGCAUCCCCAAUUCAACGCAUACAGAAAGUCAGUAUUCCCGCUUCAACCCCUUAUCUACACAACUAACCACCUUCUCUAGGAUGCGAAACCAUCUCUUCACAGGCCGCCACAUGAGCGAGAAGAAAGCCUGGCACGACGAAGAAUCCCGAUCCCUGGAUAAUGGACAUACCUGGGACGAGCACGUUCCCUAUACCAACGUCAUCUGGCUGCAAUAUCUCCUCGGCUACCUGAAAAAGCAAUUCACUCAGAGUCCAACGUACACACGUGAAGCUAAUGCUACCUUCCAAACCGAAAUCAGGGAGAUUGAACGGGGAAUGUCGACGCGUACGAAGAUUGAUAAUGGGGCUUUUACGAGUGCGGCGCAGGUUUUGGAGCGGUGUAUGGAACUUGGAUAUAUCCACUAUGAAGAUUUUGAGGCGAGUGGGAUCCUCGGGUGA